CCCCUCCCCUCCCUCUUCCCCCUCCCAAACAAACCAGCGGCUUCCAGCCGUCCAUCCCCUUUACCGCCCCGGCUCCAACGGCCCGGUUCUUUUUCCAAGAUAGCCCCACCUUAGCUUUCGUCGAUUUUCAUUUCCAAAAUCCCCAUCGCGUGUGGCUCUGUCGCAACCUUCCUGCGUGUUCUUCCUGUAGAUGAAUCGGUCUCUUCCAUCUCGGUCUACAUGACGCCCAGCUCCCCAGAUGAAGCGCUUCACUUUCGUGGCAAGACCCUGACUCCCGAAAGCCCCCGUCCGCUGCACAUCGCGGAACCGGCCAGGAUCCCGGUGCUUCAGAAUCAAAUGGACCCCAUUUUCAACGACACGUCGACUUACGAGAGGCCCGACUUCCUCCAUGGGCAUAACUUCCACACGCAUCCCAGGGAUCCGGGCGCUGUCUCCUCCACCCAUCAACACCACCUCCACCAGCACCUCCACCAGCAACACCAAAACCCUCAGGCCCAGUAUGCAGGGCCCCGCGAGGUGAGGGGAACCACUGGCUCCGAUCCAGCCCCGGAGCAAUCACCACUGCGCCAGCAACCACCCCAUACCCCUACUCAAGAUCCCGCUUCCCUCCUAGCUUCUUCUAUCCCCGAUGUCCCUCCCUCUUCCUCCCAUGCCGCUCAGAACAUCCCCAGUGCGAGCGAGGUAGACCACGCUGCCACCAGCUGGACGGCCCAGUCCGCGCCGCAAGAUCGCCUAGACUCACCGAGCAAAGCUGCCGAAGAUAACACGGGUGAGGAUGGUGUCGAUUUCCAGAACCUCCUCGAUAAUCUCCCCCCUUCCUCCACCGCUCCCUCUGCCCCUGCGGUCUCGGAGACGGCGCCUCUGUCCGUGGAUGUUUCUGCGAUCCCCCCAGCAGGAGCAGACGAGGACGCCCUCCAAUCUGCCCUGGGGCUUCCCCCGCGCCCCCCUCCCCAGGCGAAGCCCUCCAUCCAUCCCAACUACAAUCCCAGCGAUGAUAUUCGGUCCUACCAUCAGCUCCCCCCGAACUCCUCCUCUUCCACCGCCACCACUCCUACUGCCGCACAGUCCUCUCCCACUGCCUCCUACCCCGCCCAACAAAGUAAUUACCAGUCCAAUAUAGGGAUCUCACCAUUGGCUGGUCCACUGGCCGCGUCCGGCGCCCCGGGGACCUCCUCGGGCUCCAACGCCCUGCCCCCUCCCCCUGUCCCAAGCUUCCAGCAGUCCUCGCCCUCGGCCUCCGAGCCUCAGGAGACACCAGCCCCCGCAAAUAACAAGACUAGUCGCAGGGAACGGUCACAAGCCCGUCAAGCCAAGAGUGCCGAUGAGGAUACUCCGUGGGGUCCGGAGGUCCAGAAGAAAUAUGACGAGUUCCUCCAUGAUGAGAGAAUCUACGUUACGGAAGGCCUGUGGGACCGGUUCCCCCCUGGAUCCCGGCUUUUUGUCGGCAAUCUCCCCACCGAACGGGUGACCAAACGGGAUUUGUUCCACAUCUUCCACAAGUUCGGGAAGCUGGCGCAGAUAUCGAUCAAGCAAGCGUACGGCUUUAUCCAAUUCCUCGAUUCUUCCGCUUGUAAGCAGGCCCUCGACGCGGAGCAAGGUGCUGUGGUGAGAGGACGGAAAGUCCACCUUGAAAUCUCCAAGCCCCAGAGGAGUACAAGACCAGGGGCGGCCACAGCAGAAACCUCUCGUGCCCCUCCAUCGAGACGCUCUAGGUCUCCCGAGUUCAGCAGAAACGGUCCCCCCAGCAGUCGCGCUGCGAGAGCUACGGCUGAUCGUUACGAUCGAUCGUACGAGUCGGGGCGGGUGCCAUUCAGCGACUUCAGGGACGAGCCAACCCAUCGUAGACGUGACGACUAUCGACCUCCGCCUGCUCCGCGUUCGCCAUCUCCCCGGACCUUCCGUGCCCGAGAUGGAUACCGGUCCCGGGACAGGACGCCCGAGCGGUAUGAUCGACGCGAAAGACGGCGUUCUCGGUCACCGUACACGAGAGAUCGGAGGUAUCGCAGUCCCAGCCCACGGGCUCGGGGAGCAUACGAAGGCGACGCAGACCUUCCUGUCCCGCGACGGGCUCCCAGAGAUGUUCCAGAGGUGCAGAUUCUUGUGCUGGAGGAAUUGGAUCGGAACUUUAUCUUCCACGUGGAGAAUUCCUUCCGUAACCGUGGACUCCGGGUGGACGUGCUGGUGCUUGGGCCCCGGAUCCCAUUGAACGCUGCCGUUCAGCGACAGAUCCAAGAGGGAGUCCUUGCCGUGGUGAGACUGUCGCGACCAAGCCAGUUUUCGAGAAAGAUUCCGUUGCAAGUGUUUGAUCGGAGCGCGGGUGCAGACAACAUUCGCUCAAACGAAUAUCCGGAUGUCGAGCCCAACAUCGCAGCGGAGAUAGUCUUCCACGCCCAGUCCAUGCAGCGUGGUGCCCCCUCGGCUCCCUUCACCUCCGGCCCGGCGUUUGGCGUUCCGCCCAUUCCCAUCCCAGCCGUGUCGGUGCCUCAGGUCCCUCAGGUCCCUCAGGUGCCCCAUGCCUCUAUGCCUGCGCUCGCGAAUCAGCCUAAUAUUGCAAACUUGAUUACCUCCCUGGAUGGCCCCACUCUCCAGUCGCUUCUGGGGGUUCUCCAGCAGCGGCCGGCUGCAGUACCGACUGGACCGCAACAUUUUCCCACUGCCGGCACAUCCCACGGUGCAGGAGAUCUGGCCAGCCUGCUGAAUGCUGCUACUCGACCGCCGGUUGCUGCGAACCAGCAACAGCCAAUGCACACACAGCCCUUCCCUUUGCAGGCGCCCAACGCACCGGUGGUAUCUGACCCCAACUUGAUCUCACUGCUAGCAAAAGGCUUGGGGGGCCAGCAGCCUCAGAACCAAGCCGCCGUUGGGCCCCAGGUGCAGAACAUAAUGCACCAGCUGGGCAAGUGGAAGCAAUGAUUGAUGGCAUUCUUUGUUUACUCCUCUCUUUCUCUUCUUCCCCUUUUGCUUCCCUCUGGCUUCUCAGUUGGCGACAUCUCGCGGAGUCAGGCGUUGACUGAUCGAUCGAUUGAGAACCGGAUAUGGAACAGUACCGUCGGUAGGGUUAUGAUGGCUCGGUUGUUGGGUUGUUUUUAUCGGUCGAAUAGCGAGCACGGGCUACAGGAGUGCAUGGUUUAGUUGAUUUUGAGGUCCGGGAUGGGCAUCACGGCGCGGGAUGUCUGCUUUUGUCGCAGAACUAUUGUAUCUACACCUUCUAUGAAUUCAUGCGAGAUAUCAGGCAUGAUGGGAUCAGCCUGGCUGAGACAAAUGCAAGCCCAUGGCAACC